AUGGACAUCUUCUCUGCUCAAACCAGCAGCUUUCUUAGCUGGUUCCAAGCCCUUCCGGGGGCAACGUUUCACCCAGACAUCGCGAUUGAGGAUCUCCGGGGGCGCAAAGCGGGACGUGGCAUUGUCCUGUUCACGAUCCCACGCGAUGCCAUUAUAUGCGCAACAACAUCGCCGCUGAAGGAAAAGAUCCCGGACGUGUUUGACCUCGACAGGGAUGACGAUGAGGACGAGGAUGGCAGGUCGGCGCAGGACUCGUGGACGCUGCUGAUCCUAGUGCUUAUGUACGAGCACCUGCAGGGUGAAUCAUCACGCUGGAAGCCGUACCUGGACGUGCUGCCGUCGUCCUUCGACACACCCAUGUUUUGGGCGCCCGAUGAGCUGGCCGAGCUGCAGGCGAGCGCGCUCGUGGGCAAGGUAGGCAAGGAGGAGGCCGACCGUAUGAUCCGAACCAAAGUCGUCAGCGUGAUCCGCGAGCACGAGAAUGUCUUCUUUCCGCCUGGUACCCGGCGAUUGGACGACGAGGAGCUGUUUGCACUGGCCCAUCGGAUGGGUAGCACCAUUAUGGCGUAUGCGUUCGAUCUGGAGAAUGACGAGGAUGGCGAGGACAACGACGAGGACGACGAGUGGGUGGAGGACCGCGAGGACAAGACAAUGCUGGGAAUGGUACCGAUGGCCGACAUGCUCAACGCCGACGCCGUGUUCAACGCACACAUCAACCACGGGAAAGAUACAUUGACAGCGACAGCGCUGAGGACGAUCCGGGCGGGCGAAGAGAUCCUCAACUUCUACGGGCCGCUCUCGAGCGCCGAGCUGCUGCGCCGGUAUGGCUACGUAACGCAAAACCACAGCCGUUACGACGUGGUGGAGCUGCCUUGGGCACUUGUCGAGCAGGAAGUGCGGGCACGAGUCGCAGGCAAUAUGGCCGACGCCGAUUGGGCCAAGGUACGCAGACUGGUCGAAUCGGACGACGAAUUUGAGGAGGCCUUCGUACUUGAGCGAUCAAGCGAGGAUCCGGAUGCAACAGGACAAGUCAACGGCGAGGCCGUGUUCGAGGGCCUGCCCGACGAGUUGGGCCGACAGUUCCGGGGACUGCUCAAGGCGAUUAAGAAGGUGGGCAAUGUGGAGAUGGCGGUGCAAGCAUUGGAGGACAAGGAAAUGCGCAAGGGCUUAUACUUGCAGUGUGUGUUGAGCGCGCUGCGGGCGCGGGAGCAGCAGUACGCGACCACAUUGGAAGAGGACGAUAAACUGCUGGAUGGUGCAUGCGAAGGCAGACGAAGGAUGGCCAUCUGGGUGAGACGCGGCGAAAAACAAUUGUUACGGGAAGCACAAUCGUGGAUUCGGCGCCAAUCGGACGAGGACUGGGCACCUCCUGCCAAAAAGCGCCGAUUAUAG